CCAAAUUACCUGUAAUUCUGUUCAUAAUCCUGUUAUCUGUUUUCUCCCCACAAGGCUGCUGAAUAUGUUCCGGAAAAGGUGAAGAAAGCGGAAAAGAAAUUGGAAGACAAUCCGUAUGACCUUGAUGCAUGGAGCAUUCUCAUUCGCGAGGCACAGAGCCGAAAAAACACACAGCAUAUACAACAGAUUACUCGCCAUAGAAGAUAAGGAUCCCACCUUGGUUUAUAUCCAGUACAUGGAGUUUGCUAGGAGAGCUGAGGGCAUCAAAUCUGGGAGAAUGAUUUUCAAGAAAGCCAGGGAAGAUCCCAGGACCCGACAUCACAUUUACGUCACUGCAGCCUUAAUGGAGUAUUACUGUAGCAAGUGAGAUUUGGGCACGCUUCCUGGCCUUUGAAAGUAACAUUGGAGAUUUAGCUAGUAUACUGAAAGUGGAAAAAAGGCGAUACACAGCAUUCAAGGAGGAGUAUGAAGGGAAGGAGACGGCACUUCUUGUGGAUAGAUACAAAUUUAUGGACUUGUACCCCUGCUCCACAAGUGAACUGAAAGCUUUGGGAUACAAGGAUGUAUCGAGAGCCAAACUGGCAGCACUAAUCCCAGACCCUGUGAUAGCUCCAUCCAUAGCCCCUUCGCUGAAGGAUGAUGUUGACCGAAAACCAGAGUAUCCCAAACCUGACACGUCCCAGACGAUCCCAUUCCAGCCACGACAUUUAGCUCCACCUGGACUCCAUCCUGUUCCUGGCGGAGUAUUCCCAGUCCCUCCAGCUGCAGUGAUCUUAAUGAAGCUGCUUCCUCCCCCCAUUUGCUUCCAGGCUGCUGAAUAUGUUCCGGAAAAGGUGAAGAAAGCGGAAAAGAAAUUGGAAGACAAUCCGUAUGACCUUGAUGCAUGGAGCAUUCUCAUUCGCGAGGCACAGGUUUAGUGACAUAGGGUUACAUUAUGUAUUCUCUUGAGUACCAAAGGUGGCUGUAUUCAGGAGAUUCUAAAAUGUUCCCACACAGUCAGAGUUAUAUUAGCUUGAAAAUCCCAACGGACUGUUCUUCCCCUUCAGCUUAUUCUUCCGCUUUUUCUUAUUAUUAUUCUUAGCGCCCCCCAUUUUCUAAACGCUACUCCUCCUACAGUUUUAGGGGUACAACACCCAAACUCCCCACACUUCUUCGCCCUAUAGCGAAGCAGGUUGCUUGUUCUUUUCUAUGCGCUCCCACCCCCUGUAUUUUUGUGGCGCCGCUCCGAACCCCCCAAUUUUCCCAUUGACUUUUACAGGGAAGAUUUCCAAACUGCUGUCACUCUUACAGCUUUGAGGCUACACUCCCCAAACUUGAAUCACAUACUCAUGGGGUCAGCCUGAAUGAAAC